AGAGAGAGAGAGAGAGAGAGAGAGCAUGCCAGAACCCGGUCACAUCUUCUCUGUCGACGCCGAGCAUCGUUUGACAACAUCUGAGGGAGAAUCUGCUCCCAACAACUCGUCCCGCUCUGCACCACCGAGGAGGCGAGAAACAAUGGAGUGACGGACCUUGACAGAGCGAGAGACGCGGAGGGAGAGAGACACAGAGAGAGAGAGCGAACGAGAGAGAGAGAGGUAGAAAAAGAGAAACACCGCCUUGUUUUUGAAGCGUUUUAGUGAAUGCAUAAGCUCUUUAGACGGGAUCAUAUUUGUAGAACGGGACGGAUGGAGUGACCACAGACGCCUGUGAGCAAAGCGAUGCCCCAGCACAGCAGCGGGAGGAGGAGGAGGAUGAUGCUCCUCUACAGUCGCUUAUUGCAGUGCAUCCCCUGUAAGAUGGACGAGGCAUAUCGGGGUUAAUAGGGAACUGGUGGCUCAUCACGGUGCGGAUUGGAGAUGCUUUGCCAUCUGCUGUCAAAGAGGACGAAAUCUUCUCGUGCGGGCGCCGCUUCUCCACCGUAAUAUGUAGCUGGAAGGAGAGCGGAGCGUGUGCAGCCGCCUCAGCCACAGACGAACAUCGGUUGUACAGACUGGAGCCGAGCGCACUGGCCGUCAGCAACCUUUUCUCCACCUUGAACUUUGCUCAUAAAGCGAGAAAUCCCGGCGCGGCGCGAGAGCGCAGCCACCGGAGCUGUCCGCGGUGCUGAAGGUGAUCGAUCAAGGGGAAUCAAGGCUCCUGCAACGCGCAGCAAGGUGACCAAGCAGGCCACCACGCAUGGACAGCAGCUGGGCUUGACUGAGUCAGCCAGACAACAUCGCCUUUCAUGGCUGUGGCACGCAAAAUCAAAACUUUGCUGACCGUCAACAUCCUAGUGUUCGUGGGGAUUAUCCUGUUCUCGGUGUACUGCAGGAUCCAGGACCGGUCUGAGGAGCUCAUCCAGCUGGGGCGUAUCUCUGACCAGAGGCUGCGAGCCAGGAAUGGCAAAGUUUCCAACUUGGUGGACAGACAGUCUGUUCUGCAGCGACUGGAGCGGCUGGAGGACGUGGUCUACAACCAGUUAAAUGGUUUGGCGAAGCCCAUGGGGCUGGUGGAGGGACCUGGAGGACUUGGCCAGGGGGGAGCUGCUGCCACUCUGGGAGAGGACAGCCGUGAUGCCGAGGGGAAGUACGAGGAGUACGGCUACAACGCUCAGCUCAGUGACCGCAUCUCCUUGGACAGGAGUAUCCCCGACUACAGACCCAAAAAGUGUAAGCUGCUGACAUACACCGAGGACCUCCCUCAGAUCUCCGUGGUCUUCAUCUUCGUGAACGAAGCCCUCUCGGUGAUCCUGCGCUCCGUCCACAGCGUCGUCAACCACACACCGGCGCACCUGCUCAAAGAGAUCAUCCUGGUGGACGACAACAGUGACAGCGUGGAGCUGAAAUUCAACUUGGACCAGUAUGUGAACAAACGCUACCCAGGCCUGGUGAAGAUCGUGAGGAACAGCAAGCGGGAGGGACUGAUCCGAGCCAGAAUACACGGCUGGAACGCGGCCACGGCUCCCGCCGUCGGAUUCUUUGAUGCCCACGUCGAGUUCAACACUGGCUGGGCGGAGCCGAUCCUCUCCCGGAUUAAGGAGGACCACACCCGCAUCAUCCUGCCCGCGAUUGACAACAUCAAGUUCAACACGUUUGAGGUGCAGCAGUAUGCCAACGCCGCGCACGGCUACAACUGGGGCUUGUGGUGCAUGUACAUCAUUCCUCCGCAGGAGUGGUUGGACAAGGGGGACGAGACGGCCCCAAUCAGAACUCCGGCUAUGAUCGGCUGCUCCUUUGUGGUGGACCGGGAAUACUUUGGCGAGAUCGGUCUCCUUGAUCCCGGCAUGGAGGUCUACGGAGGUGAAAACAUCGAGCUGGGCAUGCGGGUGUGGCAGUGUGGAGGAAGUAUGGAAGUCCUUCCCUGUGCCAGAGUGGCCCACAUCGAACGCACCAAGAAGCCCUACAACAACGACAUAGAUUAUUACGCUAAGCGUAAUGCCCUGCGUGCUGCUGAGGUGUGGAUGGAUGAAUACAAAUCCCACGUCUACAUGGCCUGGAAUAUCCCCAUGAAUAACCCAGGAGUUGAUUUCGGGGACGUCUCGGAGCGCUUGGCCUUGAGGAAGAAGCUGCAGUGUCGGAGUUUCCGCUGGUACCUUGAUCACGUCUACCCGGAGAUGCGGAUCUAUAACAACACUAUUACAUACGGCGAGGUGAGGAACAGCAAAGCCAGUGGAUACUGCCUGGACCAGGGCUCGGAGGACGAUGAUAAAGCCAUCCUUUACCCGUGCCACGGCAUGUCCUCUCAGCUCGCCCGCUACUCUACCGAGGGGCUUCUCCAGCUGGGACCUCUGGGCUCGACCACCUUCUUACCCGACACCAAAUGCCUCAUCGAUGACGGCAGAGGACGCACUCCCAGUCUGAAAAAAUGUGACGCGGUGUCACGGGGGUCCCAGAGGUUAUGGGACUUCACACAGAACGGUCCGAUCAUCAGCAGGGACACCGGUCGAUGCUUGGAGGUAGAAAUGUCCAAAGAUGCCAACUUUGGCCUUCGCCUGGUGGUCCAGAGAUGCUCCGGCCAAAAGUGGAUGAUACGAAAUUGGAUUAAGCAUCCCAGACACUGAAGCCGGGGAACAGUUUGGGCGCUGUUUGAAGUGACAUUUGGAGCUCAGACUGUGGGGAGUUCAGAGAGGAGCAAGGACUGGUGUUGCAGACUUUGCCCGCACGCUGUGCUCUCUCAGGCCACAGCUCUUCAAACAGUGCUAAAGACGAGGAAGAAGAAUAUGACGAGCUCACGUGUUCCGCUGAGCUGACACCUCAUGACGUUGAGAUGGCACUUGUAUAGAAUAGAGUAAGGAAACACCUGAGUGCAGCGUGUAAAGGUGGCUCUUUUGUUUAUACUGUAAAAGAUGUGGAUAAAAAAAAAAAGAGAGAGGGAGAG